ACAUGACAUCUACAGCCUCCUUCAACCUCGACAGUCUCUUCUAAACGAAAAAAAACUCUUCAUCGCUAUCGCGUCUACCCUCGUGUCCCCUCCCCUCGCAAAGAAACCGCAACAAUGUCGAACCGUCAGCAGGCCCGCGACAUGCAAGUCGAAUUCCAAGCCCGCUUCCAAGCCAAGCAGGCCCGCCGCGAGGCCCAAAAGGCUGCCAAGCAGGACCCCAUCCUCAAGAAGCAGAUCCAGGACCUCCUCAAGAAGGGCGAGACGCAAAAGGCCUACCAAAAGGCAAAGAUGCUGCUCUCCAAGCAGGCCCUCGCCCAGCAGAUGGACCAGAUGGCCGACAUGGCCGAGCUCUCGGCUGCCCAGAUCCAGGCCAACAAUGCCAUGAACCGCAUGACGCACAUGAUGGCUUCGUCGUCGCGAACCAUGAACAUGGCGCAGAAGAGCACAAAUCCCGAAAAGACCCUCGUCACCCUUGAGCAGUUCAAGCAGCAAAACGAAGAAUACGCCAUGUCCAACGGUAUCUACCAAGACGCCAUCACCCAAUCCACAUCUACCCAAGUUGGCGAGGACGCAGUCCACGAGCUCCUCGGAAAGCUUGCCGACGAUGCCGGUCUCGAGCUCAGCAAGGAGCUCAGCCAGGCAACACCCUCGACGGCCGAACCCCAGCAGGCCAACGAGCCCACCGCUGAGGAGGAAGAUAAGCUGCAGCAGCGACUACGAGCUCUGCGCGCAUAGGUACAACCAUUUUUAUUCGGCGAGAUACGGAGUAGAGCGCCCGCCUUGUACUUGGGGGGGUAAGCGAUGCAUGCAUUAUGGUCAACGUCGGGGGUAGACGACAAUCACUUUCUCUUGGUUACGGUUUGGCGUUGGGGUUUUGGGAGGCGACUUGAUUUCAUGUUUGCUUUGACAUGACAGUGAGAUCAACACAUUUAUGUCGGCUCUGAGAAGCGUACAAUAGACAUCAACACAUAUUUCUAGCAUUUG